AUGAAGUUUGAAACUUUAAAUAAAACAGCCUUAAUCUAUCUAUCUAUCUAUCUAUCUAUCUAUCUAUCUAUCUAUCUCAGCUUUCUGAUCAUAUCUAUCUAUCUAUCUAUCUAUCUAUCUAUCUAUCUAUCUAUCUCAUUAAUUCAUCUUCAUUUAUCUAUCUUUCUCUUCUUAACGAACAUUUGGUUGAUUGUUUAUUUUUUGUUUUUUUCUUUUGACGUUUUCUUUGAAUAUGCCCAUAUCUAUCUAUCCUAUCUAUCUAUCAUCUAUCUAUCUCAUUUCUUAUCUAUUCAACUAACUAGCUAUUGUUUUGUUCAUUGUUUUCUUUCUUUUUUUAGCCUAUUCAUAUCUAUCUAUCUAUCUAUCUAUCUAUCUAUCUAUCUCUCUGUUCCAGUCUACCCUUAUCUAGCUGUCCAUUCCAGUCUACCCCUAUCUAUCUAUCUAUCUAUCUAUCUAUCUAUCUAUUAUCUAUUCCAGUCUAACCUUAUCUAUCUGUCUAUUCCACUUAUAACCAUAUCUAUCUAUCUAUCUAUCUAUCUAUCUAUCUAUCUAUCUAUCAACUCUGAUCUUCAUGAAUUUAAAUGCAAUGUCAAUCGAUGUUUACCAUUACACUUUUACUUCUUAUAUCUAUCUAUCUAUCUAUCUAUCUAUCUAUCUAUCUAUCUAUCUAGCCUAGCCUAUUCAUAUCUAUCUAUCUAUCUAGUCUCGCCUAUACAUAUCUAUCUAUCUAUCUAUCUAUCUAUCUAUCUAUCUAUCUAUCUAUCUAUCUAUCUUUUUAUAUCUAUCUAUCUAUCUAUCUAUCUAUCUAUCUAUCUAUCUAUCUAUCUAUCUAUCUAUUUAUCUUUGUCCAUUAAUAACCUCUCUAUCUAUCUAUCUAUCUAUCUAUCUAUCUAUCUAUCUAUCCAGUCUUUUUAUAUCUAUCUAUCUAUCUAUCUAUCUAUCUAUCUAUCUAUCUAUCUAUCUAGUUUAGCAUUUUCAUAUCUAUCUAGCUAG